AUGUUGCUGAGCGCUGUGAUAUUCGUCGGAGCGAACUCGUCGCCUUUAAAGGGACGCGCGGCGCUGAACUGCGCCGUACACGCGACACUGCCUGCCUCCUGCUACCUGGCCCCUCACUCCCCACUCACUCUGGGUAUGGACCAGGUGCAGGCGGUGCUCGCAGGCCAGCACAACUGGUACCAAACUAGCCACGCCCGCCNUACUCCCCUCGCUGCCCUCUCGGCCCCGCCCGCCUCUCCGUCGUCCCACCAACUGCCCUCACCACCACAGAGCAUUUUGAACCGCGUCAUCAAUGUUCCGACACACAUCUUAAGUAACGCUGCCGGAACUUUGUCCGCUCCUGAUGCUGAAAACGUCGCCAAUUCUUUGUUGCAUGUCUCCACCAUCGGUGCAAAUCUGUAUCCUUUGCUGGUACCGGCCUGGCAAGUGUCACGUGGUGCCGGUACCGGCCUGGCAAGUGUCACGUGGUGCCGGUACCGGCCUGGCAAGUGUCGCGCGGUGCCGGUACCGGCCUGGCAAGUGUCGCGCGGUGCCGGCACGGACGAGUCGUGGGAGGCACGGCGGCCGCAGUCCUGCUCGCCGCUGCUGGUCUUCGUGAACAGCAAGAGCGGCGACAACCAAGGCGUGCGCUUCCUCAGGCGCUUCAAGCAGCUCCUCAACCCUGCCCAGGUCUUCGAUCUCAUGAGUGGCGGACCCGUUAUUGGGUGAGACGGACGGGUGUAGNGGGUCUUGUCAGAAAUCGACAAGCUGCACAUGACGAAUCAAUGUCAGGUGGGCAUCCUGCCCCUGGGCACAGGCAACGACUUGGCUCGCGUGCUGGGAUGGGGCAGCGCGUUCGAUGACGAGACCAACCUGCCCCACGUGCUGGAGCGCUACGAGCGCGCCACCACCAAGAUGCUCGACAGAUGGAGCAUCAUGGGCCUGGUGAGCGCGGUGCCGCUGUCGCCCCCCAAGGCGCCGCCCUGCGAGCCGCUGCUGGCGACGGUGACGCGCUACGAGGACAGCGUCGCGGCGCACCUCUCUGCCCUGCUGCACAGCCGGCACACCGACACUGUUAUCUCCAGCGCCAGGGUGCUGUGCGAGACUGUCAAGUGCCUCAUCGAGAAGAUAGAGCAGCACACUGCAGCGUCUGCAGGGGCUGCUGGAACUGCAGAGGGCGUGGAUGAACAGCUAACGGCAAAGUGUGUGGUGCUGAAGGAGAAACUGGAUCUCCUGCUGCGCACCCUUCGUCCUGACGAGUCUUCCUCGCCCCCGACGUCGACCAUGCACGUCUCGCCUGCAAGUCAACGCGUGUUCCAGGAGCGGGAGGCGCUCAUGUCUCGCGCGAACAGCCUCAAGAAAGCAGUGCGGCAAAUCAUUGAACACACCGAGCGUGUGCUGGAUGAACAUACGGCGAACAUGUCUGAACACACCAUCCCUACCGUUAUCUGUACCGACUGUGAUGAUGGUACCACAUCACCACCUGUUAUUCGUCUCUACGGUGUCGAUGAUAUGCCAUCUCAGACUACUGAGGACCCGGCGCCGGCGAGCCAAUCAAUGCCUGCAUUUGUGUCAUCCAUCACGACGACUUUCCCUCUACCGCCGAGCUCUCCUCAUCUCACGGAAGAAAGACGCCUCAGCUCUAACCCUUGCCUGCCUCUCCCUUUCCCUUACUGCGUGCCGGGGGCCUCCUCUCCUUCGUAUGGUUCUGCGUCAUCAUCUCUGCAGGUGCCUCAUUCUGGCGUCCUCUCACCUCCAGCGUCUCCAUCCUCGCUUGCUCCCGGAGACGUGCAUGGCAUGCGUUUUAUUUCCCCGGUGCCGUCGCGGCGCGAGAGUCAAUACGAUUAUGAGCUGAACGUGACCACGCUGCCUGCACCUAACGAGUUCGCUGACCUCGCUGCCAAAGAGGCUCUUCAAGCUGAGGAUUUUGAGCUCAGAAUCCUGUCUUCGACCGACAACCUGAUGGACGUGGGUGAAGACGAGCCGUAUUUGUUUGAAGAAAAAUCACUGAGUGAGAUACGCGACUCGUUGACUGCCUCCCUGAACACAUCCGUUGAUGUGGACGAGAUUCAGGAUGAGUUACCAGAUUUGGACGUCGUACCUGGAAAACGAGGAGCUCCUGACGGGUAUGAAGACGAGAAGGAAGACAAAACGGAAAAAGAUUCGGGUGAUAGUGAGGGUACAGACGACACUGUCAGGGAAAAAGUCGGCUCAGCUCCUGGUACCGACAGUGACGAGACUAAAGAUGAUAGAGAAGACCACGACUCAAAAGAAGAGUCCGAGUUGACGACCGACGAAACAAAUACGAAAGGCACGACGGUUUCUGAACAGACGACUACCAUGGAGACGGCGCAUGAAACAGACCUCGACUUGAGCGAGAGUGAUGGCGGUGAUCCUAAAUUACGACUCGAAGCCCAGCCAGGACCGCUAUCUGAGCAUGAAACGCUGGAAGAGGAGCUCAAGCGGGCCAUCAGGCAAGAGAGUUUAGAGGAAGAGAGACAAGCCAAGGCUGAACGCGAGAAGUCCACUUGUACGAAGAAAGACACGGCGGACGUGCUUGCUGCUGAUACCGAUGCUGAGGUAGCAGAAACUGAGAAGACUGAAGAGUUAGAAGGCGUUAGUGUAAAGGUACCUAAAGAGUUGCAUGACAUUGAUGGAUGUGCAUCAUUGGAGGAACCCCAAGCAGUUGAUAUUGAUACGCACGAGACGCAAGUGGAUGCCAAAAUCGAUUCAUUGAGAAAGCUUGAUCGACCUUGUGAUGGAAAUGUCAGAAUUAGUGCACGGCCCUAUCUCUCGGCUGAAAAUAGGACGUACAGUUCAUUGGAAGACGACGUAUUCACGGAUGCUACAGAUGAUGCAUUAUUAUGCGAACGCGAUUAUAAUGUCGAUUCAGAAGAGUACGAGCGGCAAUUGAAGCUAAAACAAAUGCUUGAUAUCGAGAAUGGCAACGUUCAGGGCGAGAAUGUUGCUGUUGAUAGCUGUACCGCGCAUGGCCUUGGUAUUGACGCGACUGGCAUGGCAGGAUCAAGUUCAGAGCUAAUGUGUCGUGUUGGCGUGCUGGAAACUGACAUAGAUGCCAUUCCUGAUGACAUUCCUCUCAAGGUAUUGCGCUCUGUGAGCGUUGAUGCAACGGCCCAGGGUGAGUAUACUGGCCCAGUCGCUCCUUUGGCAAGUUCUGAAGAAUCGCGAGUCACGCCUACUGAAGAGACAGAAACUCCCUCUCAGCAAACUACAGAUCCCGUGGCAGAUCAGGCCGAGGAAACUACCGUCGAGAAAAUAGACGAAACUGCUCUGGAAAAUCAGGCGGAAAUUCUCUGUGAGAAAGAAGCUGGCGAACGCAAAAAAUCUACUGAGUGUACGCCAGGCGCGGCUCGUCUUGCAGUAACUCUUGAUGUGCCCUCGAUGACCGAAGUCUGUCGCCCGCCAGAAUUAAGGAAGCGACCCAGUCCUCCACUCACUCCUCGAGCCACAUCACUAAAGGAGUGUCACUUACUAGUACCUGAUAUGUUCGAUGCUGCUCAUCUGCCUCGCGAGAGGAUCGUCGAAGGAGCCGAGGCCUUCACCGAUGACGAGAAACCGCGAGCGAGUCUAACGUCGCGCCGCAUUUCUACAGGCUCAAUGCUAAAGGCGGCUGCGGGGGCUAUUUCAACACUAGGUGUCGGUGGCUUGGGAGGUUCACGCGACAAAAGCCGGAGCCCUGAGCGAACCAGGCGAUCACAAAGUCAUUCUGCGGCUUCGGGCCACCAGGGUCCUCAACCGCCGAGCAAAGCACCUGGUCGACAAAAGGCGUUGCCCAUCAUCAACCCACUCGUUUCACUGCCCAUUUGGCCUAAUAUCGCAGCUGGCGGUCACUCGGGUGGACUCAUCAGCAAGGUCUUGCUUGCCAACGCUGAUGCUCUUUGUGCUGCAGCUUCACCGCUUAUGGAUCUCGAUACGUCUUCUCUUGAGGGCUUUGAGGAACGUUGCGUCAUGAACAACUAUUUUGGUAUUGGCAUCGAUGCCAAAAUCACACUUGAUUUUCAUAAUAAAAGGGAAGAACACCCUGAAAAAUGCCGGUCAAGAACAAAAAACUUCAUGUGGUAUGGCGUGCUGGCUUCAAAAGAAUGGCUUUGCAAAACUUACAAAAACCUUGAUUUGCGGGUUCAAUUGGAAUGCGAUGGUGAACGUAUUCCUCUUCCUUCAUUACAGGGCAUAGUUGUCUUGAACAUCCCAAGCUUCAUGGGUGGAACGAAUUUUUGGGGCGGAAAAAAAGAGGAUGACUGUUUCUUAGCUCCCAGUUUUGAUGACCGAAUUCUGGAGGUGGUGGCCGUGUUUGGCUCAGCACAGAUGGCGGCAUCCCGGAUCAUAAACUUGCAGCAUCAUAGAAUCGCCCAGUGCAGCUCCAUCAAGAUCACCAUCCUGGGCGAGGAGGGCGUGCCAGUGCAGGUGGAUGGCGAAGCUUGGACGCAGCCGCCAGGAAUAAUUCGUAUUGUGCAUAAGAAUCGCGUGCCUAUGCUGUGCCGCAACCGAGACUUGGACGUCUCCUUAAAGGCGUGGCAAGAGAAACUCAAAGCACAAGGAAAACAAGAUAAGCAACCUACGAUUUUACAGGAUGAAGAACUACCUCGUCUUGCUGGCUUGUCUCUUGUGGUGGUCGACAGCAUUGCUUGCGUCAAAGGCAUUACUUGCAGUGACGCCUCAGUCAGCCAGCACUUGGCAGACUUGGUCUCGUCAGCUCAGACGUGUCUCGAUAAGGUCUGGCGUGACCACCACGUCAUCGAAGGGCCCAACCUACGCAUGCUGGCUACAGAGCUGGUGCAUAGUAUGCGAGCCAUGCACACCGAUAUCAGCGUUCUCCUCAAAGACAAUUCCCUGAAACUCAGAGCUUCGGAGGAAGCAGGCGUGAUUGGCAUGCUUACGCGCAUUGAAGCUGAGCUACGCAAGGCACACGAGACUGACCAUCUGGUGCACUUCAGCGCAGAGGAAGAGGCUGUGCCUCCGUCUUCAGAACGGAAGAGGUCCCACUCGAAGGCGGCCUUGUUGAAGAAUUUAUUACUGAAAGGCGGUAGCAGUGGUAGCUGUGAGAGUACCAGUUGUCCGGGCACUGUGUGCACGUCCAGCUCCUGCAGUGCAGCUGUUGUGACCCCCAAAAGCUCGAGCCACCACAAGACUCUCACGCUGGAGAAAGAGGUGCGCCGCAACUGGGGCGUGAGCGAGGUGCUGCAGUGGCUUGAUACUCUGCAGCUUGCCGAGUACAGGGACACUUUCGCUGCCAAUGAUAUCCGUGGGUCUGAACUGCUGGCCCUCGAACGGAGGGAUCUCAAGGAACUGGGCGUGACUAAGAUUGGACACAUUAAGCGACUUCAAACAGCUAUUAAGGAAAUCAAGGACAAUAAAACAUCGAAUCACUAAAUUGGCGGAAGCUUUUACGAAUCGUGAAAUCUAUUUUGUGACUCGUAAACUCUCUUGGAGAAGAAUUUAGGUGUUGAGCGGCAAUGUAAAACCCUUGUUGUUCAAGCCCUGUUGUCCUAUUGCAUUUGUUUUCACUUUCGGGAUUAAUGUUUUGCGUAUUUAGCCUUAUAGUGACAGUUUAAUGUCAUUGAAGCAUCCAUAUCUUGUUUCUAUGCUCUUCGUGCUCUCAUCAAAGUUACUUGUCAAUGGUUUAGGCGUCCCACCCCUGCUAUGCACUCUUAUCUUGUAUGCAGAUAUUUUGUCGUACAGUAGGUUAGUUUAUGUUAUUGUUAUAGGUGACUAGACACGUGAUUGUGAUAUCCUUGUGUUCAUGCCCUGUACUUGUUUUUGCGGUUAGGUCUGGGAGCCAGCAUCACGUCAUGGGUCCUAAUUUAGUAAAAGUUUGAUGUGGUGUUAUCGUAUGCUAAAGAGAAUGAUUAUGGUGUCGUAUUUGUACGAUACGUAUCGUCGUACAUGUGAACAUGGAGUGGUGUAGAGAUGAUCGUCGCGGUGUGAGCUGUUACUUAUGUACAACUAAGGAAAUUUUUUCCUGUUUAUUACUCUUGUAAUUAACUCAGUUUAUUAUGUGCCCAACUGUGUUCUUUGGCCAGAGCUUUGACCCGUGAGAGCCUUUGACUUGAGUAGUAACCGCCGUAUGAUCCAUCCGCUAGUCGAUCCCUGCUCUGUCUGCCCUCGAAUGUGCCUUCGCGACCCUGUUGUACCUUUGCUUUCUCGAGUCUCAGUCACCUGGAGUUGCAGGAGGUUCUGGUACCCAUGAUCUCAACUGUUUAUUUAAUUGUCGUAUGUGCGCCUGUACUCACGAAGCGCUCAACUUCGGCACUUUUAAAUGCGUUGUUUAUAUACUUGUUGUUCUAUUGCUACUCUCAUAGCAUUGUUCAUAAUUAAUCUGAUCUGCAUUUAAAUUAUCAUUAAUUGAUGAGAUUUUCUGCGACCCGUCUUUACGUUUGAUUUUAAAAGUUGCUUGAACACAUACGCGCUCUUUGCUAUUAAUCAACGCAAAGACGUACGAAUGACCCGCUGCCUCCUAAACUAACUGAGUCUUUCACUCGAGACUAUCUUGAUGUUGUUCCUGUUACCCUGAGAAUUGAUAGAGUAAUUAAUAUUAAUAGCUAUUUUUAUGAUUGUUACCUCGAGAACACAUCGUUGUUGUUGAU